ACAGUUCACAUACAGCAUUUCCAUCGUUUUAUAGAUGAACUCACUGAGCGUGGCGUGGAUAUGAGUAAGGUGAAAAUAAGCAAAGCUGAAGCUGCUCUUUGGGGAAUCGAGCAUAUCGGAAAAUGGAAAAAGAAACAAAGUCACUUGAAGGAGGCGGGCAAAGAACGCAUUGCAAAAGCGGGCCACGCAAUCGUCGACACGCUAAAGAUGAGUGACCUCAGCUGGAAGCGAGAGAUUGUGGAAGGUAAGAAAUGGCAGGAAGACCAAGCUCCCGCAAUUCCCGACCUGCCUGAAAAGGGCCCUUCGCAAAGCCCGGGGCAAGAAAGUAUUUCAUCCGACCGUGUUGGUGAUGCAGAGCAAGAGGCAGAAUAUAUAUCUGCGUCAAACCCUGCCCCGCACACUGAACAUGAAAGCCCAGGGAAAGUUCUUUUGGAGGAGGCAUAGGUGCUCAUAGGAGCAAUUCCCUUUCUUUUUCACCAAGUUCCGAACUAUACCAUCCUCAUGUUACUCACCUUAUGUACUGCAUCUUCUCAUUGUAACUGUCAUUGUCAUACAUAUCCCAAGGCGAAACGGGCAGACUGAGCGCCUCAGUGUCACGAGUUAAAACGUAGAGGAGGGGAAU